UAGUCAUUCCGUAAAUGAUGAAUCAACAAUUAGAAGAAAUUUCACAAAAAUUCUUUGAAAUUAAUUCACCAUUUACAUUUCAUCAAGUUCUUAAUGAUCAAAAAAUUGCUUGUGAUUUUAUUGAAUGGGUUUUGCUAAAAAUUGAUUAUCGUUUAGUAAGAAUAUUUCCACAAAAUAAUGAAUUGCGCUUACAAAGUUUGUGGUAUUUUUAUUAGUUUUUAAAUUUUACAAGUAGGUACCUAAUUUUCGAUCACUUUUUUUUACAGGUUUAACUCAAACUGUAGCUUCAUUAGGAAUAUGUAAAAUAACCGACACAGAUUUAAUUGACGUAUGUAUAAUUUUCUAUACCUUCCGAACACCAAUUAUAUGAUAUUAAUCAAUUCUUGAUAGGCGACAGCACCUCAUUUUCGAUUAAUAAAUUUCUAUUUCAAUUUAUUAAACAUCUUGAAAACUUCUCGAAUUAUUCUAGAUGAUACUUUCAAGAUACCAAAUUCGA